AUGUUCGUCCCUAGGAAAAUCUUUCCAAGGUACAAUAUAUCACUGGCUGAUUUCAAGGGCCACCAUGUGAAAGCCCUCACGAAGCUUACUCAUCUUGCCCCCCAGAUCGACAUGGUCCUAGAAGUUAGAGAUAGCCGGGCCCCCAUCAGUACUAGAAAUGUCUUAUUCGAUAAGCCUCUACAAGGCAAAGAAAAGAUCGUUCUUUACAGCAAAAACGACCUUAGUGGAGUUCCUAUAGAUCUGCUUAAAAAGUGGCACAAUAAUAAGGAGCGAUUCAUGAUGAUUGACUGUAGAAAUGGUGGGGAUAUGAAACGAUUAAUUCAAAUGAUCAGAGAGAAACAUGACCGAAUGCAUCCCAAACCACCAUUAGGGGUCCGAGUUAUUAUCACGGGAAUGCCCAAUGUUGGGAAAAGCACUCUUGUUAAUACUUUGAGAAAGAUAGGUCUUAAUCGGACCAAAAACGUGGCCAGGACUGGGGGUCAACCAGGAGUCACGAGAUCAACCAGUGAAAUUAUUAGGGUCCACCAAAACCCCGAGAUACUAGUUUAUGAUACUCCAGGGGUUUUUCUUCCUAAAAUGAAAGAUGUUGAAACCAUGAUGAGCUUGGCCUUGGUAGGCACUAUCAAACCAAUUAAGAUUGAUCCUGUUAUGGUUGCCGACUAUCUACUGUUCGUACUGAACUUGCAAGAUCCGACCGGAUCCAAGUACCGUAAAUACAUUAAACAUCCGACAAAUGAUAUCUACGAACUACUUGAAAAGAUUGCGGAAAGGAUAAAAAGGGUUCGCCGCACCAAGAAUGGCAUUCAAAUUGACGAAAUAGGCAGUUCGCUCCAUUUCAUUGAUGAGUGGAAGCAAGGCCGAAUGGGCAAGUGUCUGUUUGAUCUGGAUGCUAUCAAGGAGAUUGACCAACUUGAAUUUCAGGAGAAUUACGACGAAGAAAGACUAAGGGUUAAUUACGAAAUCAAACCCAAGGUCAAUCGGCAAGCGAAUGCUUCUAAUGCCCUUUUCGAAUUGUGA